AUGACCAGCUUCACUGGUACUACUUUUCAUGCUCAGGAAACACAGGUGAACGGCGGUGGUAGCACCUUUAUGGUAUCCCCCAUGUCAGCAUCUAGUACCGAAAAUAUGGUGCUGGAGAAGGAUGAAUUGAUUAGUUUAGUGUGCGCUGCUCUCAUGAGCGAGGUAGUUUUUUCAGCUCCGGAUCCGGAGAACGCUGCAAGUUUAGAUCGAAGCCGAGAUGCAGCGCGAAUUGCAACCCUGGUGCACUCCAUCAGCGCAGAAGAUGGCGAGUUCGUUUUAAAACUCGCUCUUUACGUUCGACGUGACUUGAGUAUACGCCUUACAGCGGCUUUUCUUGUAGCACUGUGUGCGUACGAGCGGAGGUGCCAGCCAUUUCUUGCUUGCUACAUGAAACGCAUUAUUCUUUUACCUUCUGAUUGGUUGAACAUUGCAAACAUUGCAUAUUCAAAGCCACACCUAUAUUUACUUGCCCGUGACGGAGGCGAGUCCGUUACUGCCACAACUGGCACUGCUGAAUGCUGUUGUGCUCAAGCGAUCAAAGGCGUCCCUAACGCACUGCGGGAUGCACUAGCCGUAACGUUCACCAUGUUUGAUGAAUUCUCCCUCGCGAAGUACAACACCGAACGCGCAACGAAGCGGUCGGGGCGUAAUCAAACGACAUCAUGUGAUGAAUAUGUUUCUAGGAGCGAGGAUGGUCAUACGGAGGCUCGACAAGUAACUAUCCCCUCGCGGUUGACUUUCAAGCACCUCAUUCGGCACCUGCAUCUGUCUCACCCGGUUUAUGCUAUUAACUGCCUUCUUGGCAAGCGGUACCCCAACACUGUGGACGAAUUUGUUCAACGCGGUCUUGAUGAAGGUGGCAUACGCGCAUUUAAUUCUGCUUUAUGUGGUCAGCGGAUGCGCCUCCCAACUCCUGAAACGUGGGAACGGAGGACAUCACGCGAGGGUAACACAGCUGCAGUGUGGGAUGACUUGGUGGCCAGAAAGUGUCUACCAUUUAUGGCGGCCAUGCGCAACCUUCGUAACAUUGUUUUGUGUGGCUGCAACCCAACAACACAUGACAGUUUGUUGCAGCUGUUUUCUUCAGAGGAACAUGUGUUCAACUCACGACAGUUCCCCCACAGGUUCAUGAGUGCCUAUGAAGCCCUUGACUUCGACCCUGAGGAUGCGCUGGAUAAGUUUUCUGGUAAGGCUAUGAUAAGCGUAAAACCUCCCGGAUCUCCUCUGCCAAAAAUCAUCAAGAAGCGAGUCGGCAAGCGCAUCGGCAAACUUCCUUCUUUGGAAGAAGUGGAAAAAGUGAAGCAGAUGUAUAGAGGCGCCAUGCAGCAAGCGGCAGAAAUUUCAGCGCGACUGAACAUAAUACCAAUCAGUGGGCGCUCCCUUGUAAUACUGAAUAUUACCCGUUACGAUUUGCCCGCUAGAAUUCAAGAUUUGAAAAAUGGCGUUCAACUGGCCGUUUCGUUUUAUUACGCGUGCGAGGAUUGCUCCAUUAUAUUGUUGUGUCGCGGUGAGUUCCGGAUUGUCGACUCGGAAAUACGUCGUGAAAACGGUAUCUUAAGCUGUGUGGAAAAUGUAUGUGAUAUAUGUCGCACUCUCCUGCAGCAGAGGGAUUUAGAGGUAAUGGCAGAACUCAGUCGAGACUUGGAAGACUCCCAUAGGAGCCGCAUUUUCAACUUCCCCUAUUUGUAUCUCGAUGAACUUAUUGAGAAACGGGUAAACCUGCAAGCGCUAAUCGUGAUGGACUGUGUGCACAGCUGCUACUCGGGUGAAAACCACACACCUUCACUAGGUGAUUUACCCGUGUACCUGGAGCGUCUUCGCCGAACAUGCAACGAAAACUUGCUUUUUGUCGCCUUAAAGGUUUCGGGGAGCAAAAACGCCGACCGAAGGACCGGAUUACGCUACCAGCACAAGAACGACUUUCUUCUGACUGGAUUUUCUGCCGCUGCCCUCCGUGUUGUGGCGGAGGGUGUAUCUUGUGGCCCCCGGCGUUAUGUUGAGCGUAUAGAUCAGGUGUACGAUGUUAACGUGACGACAGUUCGGGCUGGAAGGUGUAAAUUUGAAAGUGAUUUGCGUGUACUGCGUGAAGUACAGGGAAUAGAAAAGGAGCGAUCCAACAAAUCAACUGAGGGCCUGGUGAAGGGAGCGUCCGGCGAAUUCUCUGGCAGUACACCAACUGAUUCGGCGCCCGGUGCAACGUUACUUUCAUCUGCAGCGGAAAAGGUGGAUUCAGUUUGUUCGGACUAUUCAAUUCCCCCGCGUAGUCUUCAAUCCAGGUACAAAAACUUCCGUUUCUUUCUGUCUUCUACUUUCCUUGACAUGGAAAACGAGCGAAAUACCCUCGUGCUGGACGUGUUCCCGCAGCUCCGCCGCUGGGCUGCGGAAAAUAAUCUUCACAUAAACAUUAUUGAAGUAGAUCUUCGGUGGGGCAUCACUGAGGACUCUACUCGCGCAAACCUCUCUCCAUCAGUUUGUUUAAACGAGGUUUCUCGGUGCGCACCUUUUUUCCUCGGUGUACUGGGAUCGCGAUAUGGGUACCGUCCACCCACGCUGUUUCACACUGUGGAUGACGACGUGGACUCUACUGAUUUCGCUUGGAUUCAGACACUUCAGCAGGAAGGAAACGCGAAUUGUAUGUCAGUGACAGAGAUGGAGAUGCGCCAUGCAAUAUUUGCAGCCAACCGGCGAACCAAAGGGAACAAACUGCACACCAUGGCGUUUCUUGUCCGUGACAACGCGGCGUUAGUGAAGUCAUUACCACCCAAACACAAACGUGCGUACGCGCCCGACACGCCAACAGCAGCCGCCUCUAUUGAAAGACUCACUAAGUAUCUCGAAGAACAAGGGGCCCCCGUUAUUCCCUAUACUGCAACAUACAAGCAAGCUUCCUUGGGGGACCGUUUCUCGCAUCCCUCUUUGACAGCUCCCCGCACGGCUAUUGGCAACAUAUCAAUAGGUUCCUCCGGGAUGUUAUCGUCAUCGAUUGAAGAGUGCCCACUCGAUAUGGCGGACUUUUCUCGAAAGGCGUUUGUUGCACUAAAAUCCAUUAUAUUGCGGCAUAUGAACCUUCCGCUAAACUUUAGUGGUGACGUGUGCGAAAAAGGGGGAGAACGAAAACAAUGUCGUGGUGACGGAGAGAACAACUGCUUGUCCGAGAGGGGCAGUUAUCAUAGUAAUACGCUUUAUUCGAGGGAAUGCAUGAAUCAACUGUCCUUUUCAUCGUCUCUGCUAAAAAAAUUAGUUCCGCCGCAGGAGCUCAUGGGGGUGCUUGUGCGCUUCGCUUGUACGGGCCGCUUCUCAAGUGGCGGUGAACACGAAAGCAUAGUUCCACCCGCUAUUACCGAGAUGUCUGCAUGGGGAGGAAGCCCUUUGGCUAACGAAACCAGGGACAGAAGUAACGUACUUGUGAUACAGGCCCAAGAGGGGGAUGGCACUUCAACUGUUGCGGCGGCACUCGCGAUGUACUUGAGGAAAAUGGACCUCACCAGCUUUCUUGUAACCCACUUUGCAUGUCAGGCUGGUGACGGAAGCCUCCAGCAUUUGGCAUAUUAUAUUUCCUUCUCUCUGAUCUACGGCCUUGGGUUGCAAGAAGACUUCCGUGUCCAAGAAACUGAUUCUGUGACAACUCUCAUUCAGCUCCUUCCUCGUGUGUAUGAAGCAGCCGGUAAGAAGCGGGAUGUAUGUGUCAUUCUGGACGGUAUGAACAGGUCUUCUCAUGCUCCGGAGAUGCUCCAGAGCCUUAGCUGGAUCAUACCUCCGGAACCGAUAGGAGGAAUUCGUUUCGUAGUUACCCUAACAACAGGAAACAACCCAUUUUCGAACGCUUUUGCACUCCGAGUACCGCCUCCGUUUUGUGUCACGCUUCCUCACUUGACUGUGGCGGAGGGGGCUGAACUUGUAAGAAAGCAUCUGGCAUCGUCCGGAAAGCGACUGCAGGAGUCUUUCCACAGUAAUCAGUUAAGGCUACUGUUACGCAAAGCCGACGCCAGUCAUGCAUCUUAUCUGACGUACGCAAUAAUGUAUCUCCGCCUUUUCAGCACGUUCGACACACUUACAAAUGAUAUCACUCAGUUACCCUCGACCCUCGCACAGCUGCAAGUGGCAACAUAUGAGCGGUUGGAGGAGCGUUUCGGAAAAGACACCUGCCGUGCUGUUUUAGUGUCGCUUUACAUCGCUAGUGAUGUUGGAGGGCUCAAUGAGUUUUCACUUUAUCGUCUAGUCUCAAAUGUAGCCAGUGCUUCCCGCCUUGUUGUUUUGCUGAGCGGCACGUGCCUUCGUAUAAGGCAUCGGCGGAUAACGGUAACCAGCACCUCUUUUGCCUCAUCUAUUGCAAAACGAUACUUAUCUCGUGCUUCGGAUGUGGUAGAUGCCUGCUUAAAUAUGCUUGUGUCGGAGUUGUAUUACAAGUCACUUUCACUACAAGCUUCAAGGUAUGAACUGCGUUGCAGCAUUCAGUCGAUUGUGGACGGCAUCAAGCGUGAUUCAGGAGGGGAACUCGCCUUCGAUCCGCGGCGCUACACUGCAGGAGAGCUCCUCACAAUACUACACCUUGCGAAGCGCGCAAAAGAGUACGAUGUUCUCAUUGCGCUGCUGUUAUACGUUCCAUUAUUGGAGAAUCUUGUCGUGAGCGCUGGUUAUCUCCAGAGGUUACUCAGCAUACUUUCUCAGUCAACACUUUUGGCCACCCCUCACGCACGGAAGUUGGAUCCCGUAGUUGAUUUCAUACAGCGGAAGUAUCACGUUCUUGUAUGUCGGCCUUUUCACCUCCGACAGUGUAUCAGGAAUAACGCGCGCAGCACGAUGAUCUUUCACGGCCUCUCUCAUAGCGUGUGCGACGGCAGCAAAGGAUGUGGCGGUAGCAAGGGAAGUGCUUGGGUUAAGUGGAUUAACAACACUCGGCACAUCGAAGAGGGGCGGCUUGUUAUGUUUCCUUCCAUAGAUCCAGUGAAGUGUUUUUCAAUUAACAGUGACGGUGAGUUCAUGGCUGGUGGUGGAGAUGAUAUGAACACAUAUGUGAUGCCACAUACCUCGCUUGAUCAGAUAACUGCCUCCCUGAAGCAUAGCGAUACCGUUACCGCCGUUACGUUCCUGACAAAUAGGCCACACAUUCUUGUUACAGGCAGUGGUACCGGUGUUGUGCGGGUGUGGAAUAGUGAGGAUGGUAGGAUGCUACAGCAAAGUGAAAAUUUCCACCGACGCCGUGUGUCCUCUCUUUCCUGCCAUCCGGUAAGCAAUGUUGUGUGCUCCGGUAGUAAUGAUUGCGCGUGCGCAUUUUGGCCUGUUGUAGGCAGUACCGCCGAGGCCAGCACUCGGUCAAGCCUUGUUCCUACGGAGCUGCUGCAGCAUCAUAAAGCACCUAUUUCUUCUGUAGCAUAUCACAUUUCAGGUGCUAUACUCGCAACAGGAUCAUGGGAAGGCAAGGUGUACUUUAUUGAUGUGCAGCAGCGUCAUGAUGAGGCCACGGUGUCCGAGGAAGGAAUAGUUGUGAAGUCAUCCAACCGUGAGCAAAGCAGCGGCAAGGGGGUGCGCACGAAGCGGUACACCACACCACCGUACAGCCACUGUGUUUUAGAGACUUGGAGCCCCGUGCGUGCACUUGCUUUUGUUCCAUCGAUGGUUGUGACGUGUGCAGCAGCUCUAUGCAAUGGAGACAUAUGCCUGUACGAUUAUGCAUCUGCGACUUGUGGCGCCCGUUUUUCCCUUCACGCUGGUGUUCCAAUAACUGCCCUGGCUUUUUCUCCUGAUGCAAAGUGGAUGGCCUCUGCAGACGAACGAGGGAGCGUACUCAUCACAUAUGCUGGGAUUAGGGGGACCGUGCUUUGCUCACUCAACGGCCACAGACGAGCUGUCACCGCCAUCCACUUUCAUCCCAAAAAUCCCCUUAACCUUUACACAGUUUCUCUCGACGGAACUGUUAGGUCGUGGUCGGUUGGAGAGCGCGAGGAGCAGUCGGCGUAUUUGGACCACCACAACCAGACCGGUGCAGGAGCAGCAACCCUGAACGGCUCGCAUGCAGUUACUGUCACGGCUUGUGCAGUGGCAAGUGAUGGAUCGUUUUUCGUUACUGCUGCCGCAGAUGGGGUCGCACUCGUUUUUACGGACAGAAGGGAUGACCGUAACCUGUUUAGUUGCCUUGAGUCCAGCGACAAUGAGGAAGUUGUAUUUGAGCCCCAAUUUACUCUGCUGCAUGACCAGCAUCGCAUUUCAUACAUCUGUAUUGGUCUACAGAAUACACGCAUUAUGUGUGGCACGGCCAAAGGUGAGGUGUUUGUGUGGGAUUCAACUCCCGGGCUCAACCGCCGAGAAGGCCGACUUCUUCAGCGCAUUCGUGUAGCGGAGGAGGGUGCACACCCCGUUGUUUAUAUCGGAUGCGAGAGCUGCCGAAAUACUUUGGGUCAGGAAGAUGAAACGAAUAAACCCCUUGUAACUUAUCUACCGUGCGCUCGCAUAACAGCUAUCACCACGAGUGGAAUGGUUGUUUCGUGGGUGGCACAAGGAGGUGAUAGUUUCGUUUCCUGCCUGGAUGAAACGCAGUUUACAAACAGCUGCACACUUUUGCCGGAGGGAGAACUGGACUGCCAGUGCGCCGAUGGUCGGCAACCUGCUGUUGCGGGAAAGAAACUGCAGCGCUCGGUACUUUCCUGGGUUGGGAAACCAGAGGCGGAUUCGUCUAGUAAGGAGGAACAAAGUACAUCAAGUUGCUUCCUGUCGUCUACGAACUCUGACACGGAGGGCGUUCCGUCGAACGGUGCAGAGGAGAUUGUGUGCGCAAUUCCUUUACUGCGUGCCACGCAAAGUCCCAGUAGGGAAACACAUGAAGAGAGUCAACAACCAAAAGCAGUUGACACUAUUAUCGGGUUGGGCGAGAAUCAUUCCUUCAGUGGGGAUACAACUACCGGCUCAUGUGAUGAAUAUUACAUUGUCGUGGGUCGUCGUCAAUGCCAUUUCUUGUCGGCCCGCCUGUGCUCAGUCAUCCAGCUCCCUAUGUUCACAUCACAAAGCCAAUAUAAUGACUGCAGUGACGAUGCGUUUAGUUCGGUUGCAUGCCUCCCAGCGGGAGAUGUGUUCCUGUGUGUUAGUAACGCUUUGUGCGUAAAGGAAACAGGGGGAGGCGGCGGCGAAUACAGUGCAUUAUUUGCGGUGUCCACAAGUUGCUGUAUGAUAUGGUUACUUGAAGUCACUUUUUCUCCACCGGUAGCGGAUAGAGGAAAAGAAUUGACCGCAGAGGAGGAGAAGGAUGCUGAGGUUCUCAUGCGGGAGUACUCGGAGAACACACGGCUUAGUGUGCUUCACUCCGUGGCGAUUUAUGGACCUCAGGGGAAACCGACACCGGUAGAUUCGCUCAAUUUAGCUGUCGUUUCACCAACCACCGUGGACUUUUCUUGUGAUCAUGCACCGGAGGAAGUUGAUCACUCCGACGUGUCGAGCGUGCUGCUGCUCACUGCGGGUUGUAGAGACGGUUCAGUGAGGAUAUUUGUUGUUCGCCCGUUCCAAAACCCGAGUAAGGGUACAGAGGGGGAAGUUGACGCAUCGCAGUAUGAAAAUGCUGGUAACACUGGGGGAAAGAGCGAUAGCAUAGCUGGAAAAGCAGAGGGCCGUUGCGUGAACGAUAAUAUGGUCUGGCAAGAACGUGGUGUGUUUUUUGCUUCCUCCAGUGUCACAGCUGUUGUGACUAUGAGGAAACCCAUAUAUCUUCCAACGGUUGGCCCUAAUUCUUGUUUAACUGUUCCCGUCACUGCUUUACCGAAAAAAGAUGAGGUAGAUUGGGGAUUCGAGACCAAUUUGUCGUCUGUUGUGCAUCUUGCGGGAGAUUGCCUUGGUAAUGUCUACCAGCUGCAGUUGAAAAGAGAAGAGACCAAGACCGUUUCUAAGGACAGCAGAGGCAAGCAUCGCUUUAAAACGGCUCUGCACUGUCCGUUGGUGAGUGCAGAUAUAACGACAGUUGGUACGCCCGUACACGGCGAUGUGAUGGACUGCAGCACCUGUAAGUACCUACCGUCACCGUCUCCGUUGACCAAACACUACUGUGAAUGCGCCAAUGAGUAUGGAAUCGCCACAGAUGCUGGAAAUGAUGAGGAGGCUUGGCGUUCAGAAUCGCGGCGCAUUAUGGCGAUGUUCGCUCCUUCUGCUAUCCCCUCUGACAAGAGCUCACAAGUAGGUGAGGGUGAGAAUAAGCUGCCAACUGCCGUGAGUGACCAUGAGCUUUCAGGGGAAACAAAGGUCACAGUGGAACUUCCUCCAUUUGAAAGAAUUCUGCAGAAGGCACCAUCAUCCUUAUCUGUAGAGGAACAGCGAGCGUGGGUUAAGGGGCAACAGAGUCUUUUGGUUGAGGCCAUACGCGUGCAACGAUGUGCGGUGAAGGCACGCGAGGUGCUUGCGGAGUACUCGCAGAACGUUUUGUCUCAAGUAGGUUUGCAGUAG